AUGUCCCAUGCACGGGGACAGUUGAUGUCCAUACAUGUUGGGCAGUGUGGUAAUCAGAUCGGACAAAGUUUCUGGAAAACUCUUUGUGAUGAACAUGCAAUUGAUGGAAGAGGGCGAAUGACCUGUGAAGAAAGUCUCCUCGACGAUAAAGAUGUAUUUUUCUAUCAGGCUGAUGACGACCAUUAUGUUCCUCGAGCAGUUUUGGUCGAUCUUGAGCCAAGAGUUAUCAACGGAAUCAUGGCUAGCGAGAACUUCAGUAGACUCUUCAACCCUGAUAAUGUCUACAUGUCAACCCAUGGUGGAGGUGCCGGUAACAACUGGGCGAGCGGUUAUGGGCAGGGAGGGGAAGUCUACGAGCAAAUAUUGGACAUCAUUGAGCGUGAGUCAGAAAACAGUGACCAGAUGAAUGGAUUCUUAUUUACACAUUCUGUCUCCGGUGGUACAGGAUCUGGUAUGGGCUCAGUCAUACUGGAGAAGAUACGCGACAGGUUCCCAAAGAAAAUCAUCCUGACGUUUUCGGUAUUUGCAAACCAUGGAGACACGAGUGAUGUCAUUGUUCAUCCUUAUAAUUCUGUGCUCGCAAUGGAACGUUUAAUCGAUUAUCCAGGUAAUUGA